UAUAAAAACAUAGCCGUCACUUUGUUUUGGCAAUAAAAAGAACAUCUUUCUCUCUUCUCUCUCUGCCUCUUCACUCACAUUUCCAUAUUAACCACUAAAAAAAUGAGUGGCUUAAGCUUAAAGGGUUUCACAUACAUGCUUCUCAUUGCAUUUCUCAUAUGGUCUUCAAAUUUUAAGUGUUGCAUUGCAAGAAGAGGUAAGCAUUGGAGACAAAGUAUAAGUUUCUCAUCUUCUUUGUAUAAGAAGAAAGGAAAGAGUUAUAGUUAUGGAAAUGAUCAUAAAAAAAAUCACCAUAAUGGUGGAUCAAAUUCAAAACCAAAGUCUCCUCCAACACAUAAAAGUGUUCCACAAUUACCAAAUUCUCCUCCACCAUAUAAAAGCAUUCCAAUAUCUCCACCAAUUUCUAAGCCAAAAUACUCUCCAUCAACUCCACCACCAAAAGCUUAUUCCAUUAUCUUCAAUGUGCUAGAUUAUGGAGCUAAAGGAGAUGGUAACACCGAUGACACAAAGGCAUUUGAAGCGACUUGGGCAGCUACAUGUAAGGUAGAGGCAUCAACAAUGGUGGUUCCAGCAGAUUACGUGUUCUAUGUGGGCCCAAUUUCGUUCUCGGGCCCAUAUUGUAAGCCCAACAUUGUUUUUCAGCUUGAUGGUACAAUUAUUGCUCCAACAAACCCAAACGCUUGGAGUGGAGUUAUGCUACAGUGGAUAGAAUUCACAAAAUUAGAUGGAAUUACCAUUCAAGGAAAUGGUGUCAUUGAUGGAAGAGGUUCAAUUUGGUGGCAAGAUUUCCCAUAUGAUAAUCCAAUAGAUGAUGAAGAAAAGCUUAUAGUUCCUUUAAAUCAUACUCAAACACCUCCACUUCCGGUACAAAAUGAGAUGGGAAGAAAAAUGCCAAGUAACAAGCCAACUGCACUACGAUUUUAUGGAAGCUAUGGUCCAACAGUCACGGGCAUAACAAUUCAAAAUAGUCCUCAGUGUCAUCUAAAGUUUGACAAUUGUAAUGGGGUCCUAGUUCAUGAUGUGAGCAUUUCAUCUCCUGGUGACAGCCCUAACACUGAUGGAAUUCACCUUCAGAAUUCCAAAGAUGUCUUGAUUCACAGCAGCAAGUUAGCAUGUGGAGAUGAUUGUAUAUCUAUACAAACUGGAUGCUCAAAUGUGUAUGUACACAAUGUCAAUUGUGGGCCAGGACAUGGAAUUAGCAUUGGAAGUUUAGGAAAGGAUAACACCAGAGCUUGUGUCUCAAACAUUACUGUUAGAGAUGUCAACAUACACAACUCAAUGAAUGGUGUCAGAAUCAAAACAUGGCAGGGUGGAUCAGGGUCAGUUCAAGGGGUACUAUUCUCAAACGUACAAGUUUCAGAAGUUCAACUUCCAAUUGUGAUAGACCAAUUCUACUGUGACAAAAGAACAUGCACAAACCACACAUCAGCAGUGGCACUAGCAGGAAUCAACUACGAAAGAAUAAAAGGAACAUACACAGUUAAACCGGUACACUUUGCAUGCAGUGAUAGUUUGCCUUGUGUAGAUGUUUCUUUAACCACUGUUGAGUUAAAACCUAUUCAAGAAAAGUACCAUCUAGAUGAUCCAUUCUGUUGGCAGACUUUUGGUGAGUUGAGAACUCCAACUGUUCCUCCAAUCGGUUGUUUACAGAUCGGGAAGCCAUCCAAUAACCGGAUUCAAACCGAUCACGAUAUAUGUUGAAUUUUCUAUAAACAAAAUUCGCAUAUUCGAGAAAAGCCUAGUCCCACAUUGCCAAAGAUAUGGUCUUAUAGUGGUUACAGCUUCACUUACGAGUCAGUUUUGUGGGAAUGAGUUAAACGCAGAAUCUAAGAGUUAUGCAUUUCUUAUAAGGUGCAUUUAGAUUUAGAUUUGUAAUUGUGUUAGAUAAGAGCAUGUAUAUUCCAAGAGUCCUAGUUUUAUAGGGAUUUUUCUUCAUCAUGAGAAUAUUAUAUAGUACUGUUACUUACUAGCCCUGCUUUCAGCAAGAGGCCAAGAGUAUAUAUAAUUGUGAUAAAAUGAAGCCUUGUAGCUGAAGAAAAUUUCAUGUGUGUGACAUAAUAUUAUUAUUAUUAUCA